ACCAGUGUGAUUUUUUUACUCAGGGAUCGCGCUGGGCUUCGCCAAUGUCGCCAAUUGCGAUUUUUUAUUUGAUCUGGCGACAAAAAUCGGCCGCUGGCGAUAUUUUUGGCGACAAGGUUUUGUAUAUUGAAAUUGGCAUAUAUCAAAAUUGACCGCAUAUCGGAAGCACGUGCUGCUAGAUUUAAACGCAGGUAAAGUAUCUGUAAACUAGCGCAGUCUGCUAACAGGUGCUGAUUGACAGAUCAGGUAAGUUACAAACAAUCGAUAAUUGGAUUAAAGACCACGAGAUGGUGACUCGUAAUUAUCAAUUUAAUAGUUGUGAUAACACAGUCGUUGGCGAUUAAGUAAUUUACUUGCUCAGAUCUGUGAAGGAUUUUAAUAAAGCGAAUGAAAAUAAAGGUCUUUUUGUUCGUCAUUUGAAGCCGAUAGCCAAGCGCAACUGAGUUUGAGAAAGUUGAAAGAGACAGAAUAUGUAUUUGAUAUUCCGAUACUUAUCCCAAACAAAAUAAAAAGAUCACUUGAUACCAUGUACAUACAUCGUAACGGUCACAUACAUUUUGCUAAACAUGGGUAAGCGCAAGUUAGAAUUUUCAACUCCGACAAAAUCAAAAGUGCAGAAGUUAACGGCAUUCGGCUUUCGAUCAAAUUCCAGUGAUCCGGAACCAACUACACCAGUGCAUUCAAAAAUCAGAGAAUGUGCAACACCUUCUAAGACACCCGUUCAUUCAAAAAUCAGUGAAUGUGCAACACCUAAGACACCAAGUUCUCGGAAAUUCAUGGACGCUUGGAAAUUUGGCCGUCCGUGGUUACGUUAUGACGUGAAGCUUAAACUAAUGUUUUGUGACUUGUGCAUUAGUGCCCAAGUAGUGAACGUUUUCACAACUGGAUGCGAUAUUAUGAAGAAAGAAAGUGUCACUAAGCACGAAUCGAGAAAAGGUAGGAAACUUCUUUUUAUAUAAAUAUCUAUAUGUAUAGAUUGUAUAUUUUUAUAAUAUAUUUUUUCUAAACUGGUCGUACAAAUUUGCUUUAAAGUAUCUAACCUCCUAUAAUUACAAGCUUGAAAAGAUUUGCAUGCACCCCCCCCCCCCCAAAAAAAAAAAACAGCGAUAAGAUUAUUAGUAUAUAUAAAUAGGAAAUCUGCUGUAGGCCUCUACAAAUACUCCUGCGCGCGAGGGGAAUUUCAAAACUGACGUAAUGUAUAUAUAUAGCCAAUAUAUAUAUAUAUAUUUUAAAGUCACGUUUUAAAGAGCGUAAAACAACGAAAUACUCAGAGGAAUUUGAUAGUCUCGUAUUUCUUUUAAACUUCUAGCAAGGGAAUGUGAUAAUAAAAUGCAGAAAUUUACAGAAGAUCACCGAUGAUCUUAAUUCUGAAAGUCUGAUCGGGACACGUGAACAACUAUCAUUUGAAUUCGUGCAGUGAACAACAUCGAUUAAAAAAGACAAAUGAAAUAUGUUGCACAGCCUCAUGAAUACGUACUUGCUAUGAUUUAACACUGUUAUUUACGAUGUGGAAAAAAAUUGCCGAAACUCGGACCAUACAACUUCGGAAAUUUGUGAUAACAGCCACACCUUUGCAGCGACAGUAAGCAAACAGACAAGGGAUAUGGACAAGGCAAAGGUUGCAGCAUUGUCCAAGAGCAAGAAUGCCAUCGUAUCUGCCAUGACCAAUGUAAUGUUUGCAGCACAACAUGACAUUGCUAACACUAUUGUGCCUGAACUCCACCAACUUUGUAUCACACAGGGUGCAACUCAACUGAAAGACCUCAAAGUGGACAACCACACAUCAUACUCGCACCACAGCAGCACUAAGGAAUUUCAGCAGUCUAUGGCAGAGGUAGUGGUAGAUCAGUUGUUAGGUCAGGUUCAGAACUCUGGAGUGUUCAGCAUUAUGCUAGAUGAGAGUACAGAUGUCUCUGUUCAUCAGAAUCUAAUGGUUUAUAUUAGGUACUUGGCUAGUGUAGGUGGUAGGGUUCAGCCUAUUACUCGGUUUCUUGGUAUUAGACAGUUGUCAACUGCAAAUGCAGAAUCCAUUUUCACUGUACUUGUAUGCUCGAGUCUUAUGGUUUGCCUCUUGACAAGUUGGUUGGUGUUUCAACAGAUGGUGCUUCAGUUAUGGUAGGUUGUAAGAGUGGUGUUGUGACUAGGCUUAGGGAGGUGACUAGUGGUUUGUUGGCUACUCACUGUAUUGCCCACAGGUUAGCUCUUUGUACAGGAAAUGCUGCAGACAAGGUGAGGUAUUUGGUAAAAUUUCAGGAUGUCAUUAACAGUAUGUAUAAGUACUUUGCCUAUUCUCCCAAGAACAUGUCCAGGCUUGAGGGUAUCCAAGCAGUCCUUAAGGAUUCUAAAACCCGUCUGCAGCAGGUCUUUCAUACUAGAUGGCUAACUUUUGAAGGUAGUGUGCAGGCAGUUGUUGACAAUUACUCUUCCCUAGUCAAUGUAUUUCUUGAGGACAACUCUGCUAAGGCUCUUGCUAUGCAUAAACCUAUCACCACUUAUAAGUUCUUGUACACGGCACACUACCUGGCUGAUGUUCUUAGGCAUUUGGCGAUUCUGUGCAAGUCCUAUCAGAGGUCUGAUAUUGACUUCACAGAGGUGAACCCCCUCCUUCUGUCUACUGUUGAGGUUUUGGAAGGUCUCAGAUCUGGAUCAGGUGGCAAUCUUUCUCAGUUUCUUAACCAAGUCCCUGAAACCCCAGAAGUUGAUUCAGUUGGUUUGUGCACUUUUGAGUUUAAGGGUCACAAUAUCAGGGACAGUGCCCAGCAGAGGUCAGAGGCUUCUUCAGCCUGUUCCCAGUUUGUAGGUUUAGUGAUUGACAACCUUAGGUCUAGGUUUACAGAGGAGGGAGAUGCUACAGUGUUAAGGGCUCUAACUCAGUUGUUUGACCCAUCGUUUUACUCACAGUCUGAUAGUUCUGUUCUUUCUGAGGCUUCUUCUGUAGUGUCCGACUAUCUAUCUUCUUGUGGUGUAGGUUCAAAGUCUGACGUGGAAGCUGAACUAGUUAAUUUUCAGGGUUAUGCUAAGAUCCAAGUUGCCAAGAACCCCCAUGUUUACUUAGGUGUUAGGGACUUGCUUCAGCUUAGCAUAAGGUCCAAGUCUACCUACCCUGCCCUUGCUGUAGCUGCUGAGAGACUUCUUGUUGCACCUGUCAGCACCGUUGAUUGCGAAAGAGGUUUCUCAAAAAUGAACAUUAUAAAAACCGACCUGAGAAACAAGCUGUGCAUUGAAACACUGGAAAACCUUAUGCGUUUGAGCCUCUUUACUGAGCCUUUGGACUAUGGAACUGCAUUUGACAAGUGGGCAUCUACCAAGGCUCGGAGGAUCUUGAUGUAACACUCAGUGAUAGACUCUGCCUUAGUUAAUACAAACAGUGCGUGAUGAUAUUCUAGUGCUUGAUAUUAUAAACGUUUAUGAUAUUUAUUAUAAUAGAUUAUGAAAAUUG